ACCAGGCGCACGAUCAGGAUGGUCUCCGUCAGGCUGAUGACGAGCAGCGCCAUGCACACCACGAAGUAGAUGCCUGCGGAGAUGUCAGUGAGCUGUCGCUGCUCUUGACGCUGAACUCCUGGAAGCUGCUGAGGACGUAGAGCAGCUCCCACUCGCCCUGGUUCAUGAAGACGCUCCGGUCGAACUUGACCAGCUCCGGCUGCCGCCACAGCGAGAGAUUGAUGUCGCGGACUGGGGGACAGAGGGGAGGAAGAAGAGGACAUGGUGUCGGCACAGGGGGUUAUUGGCCUCUGGAAGACGGGCAGAGCACACCAGGAGGCGGUGGCCAUCAGGUGACGGGGCUGUGACCUUCCCCCAGCCCUGGAGGACAGGGCUGCCAUCUCCUGCCUCUCCCGGACAGCGGGGGACCACAGGGGACUCCCCACCCCCAGGGCUGGGACCAUUUCCAGAGCCGCUGGAAGCCCCGUGUGGAUGAGCCUGUGACACCGAGGCAGGUUUCAAACACCCUGUGACCUUGCUGGGGGUGUUCAGCUGGAGCCCAUCCUCGGGCUUUCUCCCAGGUGCCCAUGGCCCUGGGAAGCUGCUGGGGAGGCAGUGGGCAGAGACCGGCGCCGGCGGCGCAGAGCAAAUCGCAUCAGAUGGCAGCGUGGAGUCACUUAAACGAGAUAAGAAUUAGUGCGCGGCCCUGAUGAACUCCCCCUCGGCUGCCGGCAGCGGUGGCGGGGAGAGAGACGGAGCAGAGACGGGGAUAAUUUGAUUUCUCGGCUCCGCUAGUGGCUGGCGAGUCACCUCCCGGGGCACGCAGGCAGCUCCCAGCUCUUUCCCCUUAUUGGAUCCGGGUAAUGGGAGUCACGGGCAGCACCGGGGACCCUGCCCCGCUUCCCCCCCAUUCCCCCCCAGCCACGGGGGCCGGUACUGCUCCGGCCGAGACGCUGUUGCAGCAUCGUUAGCUCUGGGUCUUCUCCCUUGGGUUCUACAUCUUCGUCUUAAAGAGAUUUUAAUGUAGUUCCUCUCAGCCCUCCUGUUAUCGGAUAUCUAAUUAGCAUGAUCUAUUAUAGCCUCCUGUUACGCGCCCGCGCGGGGGGCUCUUGCGGGACGCCUUGUGGGGCAGCUGAUAUCAAUCGGCAGCGCCCGGAUCAGAUUUACUUCCCCAAAUGGCGUAAUGGGAUUUUAUUAGCCCCAUGAUCUGCUGUGCGGUAAUUGCUUUGCUGGGAAUGGAAGCGCCUGGCAUCGGGGGGCUUCCUGGGCCUCAGCCCCGUGUCCUGCCCCGGGCUCUGCCGUGGCAGCAGCAGUGUCUCUGCGCUGGGAUGGGGAGAUGGAGACCUUCCCCGAGGCCAGGAGCAGCCCUGGGGGAGCCACAUGUCCCCUCGUGCCGGGGUCAUCGCAGGCAGCGACGCCCAGCCCCAGUUUGUGCGUGUCCUGGUAGCUCCUGGAGCAAUUUUUCCAGCUUUUCAUCUUGACUGAGGGCUUUUUCCUUGGGCAGCUGCGCUGGGAGCGGGAACUUGGGCUGGGUGCGUGUGGUGAACUUCAGCUGGUGCUCAGCCAGGGGCAACGGUGCUCUCAGAGGCUGGGGAGGGUGCAGGAGCAUGGGCAUGAGGUCCCUGUGAUGUGAUGUGGUGAGUGAUGCUCAGUGUCCCCCCACCCGUGAUGGCAGGAGCGAUGCUCAGCGUCCCCCUCAAAUGUGGGGACCAGGGAUGCUCAGCGUCCCCCAUGGCCCCAACCUGCCCCUAAGAGAAGGUGACUGACCCCCGUGCGGUUGUCUUUCUCGGGGACAUGCUGGGGGCUGCGGGGGCUUUGCAGGACGGGGAGUGGGGAGGGAGGUCUCAGCUGUGCCGGGUGCCCAUGGGGAGCCGUCAGGGGAGGGGGGCGGCCGGGACUCGUCGUUCCCCGCGCGUCGGGAGCGUCAGAAGCAAUCAAGCAUCGCGCGGGAGCCCUGGCAGCGCGGCUGCCGGCCCCAUCAGGCGCCCGAGGCCGCCCAUUACGGAGCCUCGCGCUGCCCCGAAUUGCAUGUCUGCUGUGAUUUAACGCUGCAAGACAUGCAGUAAACACCGUGCCGGCGGGGCCGCCGGUGCUGGCAGCAGCCCCCCAGGCUGGCAGGGUGUGGGACCCUCGGUGGGGACAGCAGAGUGAGCCACCCUCCUGCGGGCAGUGGUCCGCGGGGAUGCUCAGGGUCACUGCAUCCCUGGGUGGUGCGAGGGUCUGGCCCUCAGGGUCCCUGGGGCCAAGGGGGGGGGUCUCCAUGACCGAAGGAGGGACCAGAGUGGGUGCCUGAUGCUGCACCCUCGUCUCAUAUCAUUGCUGCCAUGGGUCAGUGUGGGUCCUGGUGGCUUCACAGGUUACCGAGCCCACCCGAAUCCCCCCAGCAAAACAGCAUCCUGACGCUUUUAAAUCCCCUGGUGGAGGGAAGGGAGUGCUUUCCUCACAGCCCCCUCCUCCGUUUGACACCCUUCAGGUGUCAGCCAUGUUCUGCUGCGCUCCCUUGGCCAUUAAAGCCAGGAGUUAAUGAGCAGAGGGAGGGCUCUGCAGCCCGGUGCUGUUAGUGGAGGAGGCGCAGAUCGUCCCAAGUGGCUCCAGCAGCUGCACAUCGUAGGCACCUUCCCACCUGGGGCCAGGCAGAGUCACCUUCCUGGGAGCAGACCCAGCCAGGGUUUAUUCCUGUAAGUCCCUCUUUUUCCUUUUUCUCUGUAUUUCUCAAAGGAGGGGGGGUGGGUUCCAGCGUCAAGCUCCGUCUCAGCAGAGACCACGUCCCAGAGGCAGGUUUGUGGCAGGGACCGCGCACCCCCCAGCUGCCUUUCCAUAAAACUCUGGAGCUGCCUUCCUCCCUGUCCUCCCCGGCCCUUCUGCCUCCGUGCUGGGUUUUAAGGAGCAUUUCCAAUCAGAAACCACAGCCCUUCCCCACCUGGGUUUUAAUAAAACCACGCUGGCCGUCACAGUGGGGUAUUUUUCCCUUCAUUUUCCAAAGAAAAUGAGAAAGAUUUCAAGCAAAUUGGAAAGGUUAAUUUGGGCUGAGAAGGCCGUUAGUUUUUGAUGUGAAGCACCUGGAGGAGUCUUGCAGGGAAGCCGCCUCCUUCUUGUUUCUGUUGGAGCCCAAAGCGCAGCUGGGGGGGCACAGCCAGGUCCCAUCCUGAAGUCCAAGUCCUAGUCCCAAGACCUAGUGAGUCCAGGGAUGCUUUGGAAAAUGAACCCAUCCUGGUUCCAUGAGGGAAACAUGGACGGGGAGGGGUGUGUGUGUGUGUGCUCUGCGGGUGGUGGGGCAAGAGGCUGGUCCAGGGGAUGUUCCUGGUCCAGGAGAUGCUCUUGGUCCAGGGUUGCUGUUGGUCCAGGAGAUGCUCUUGGUCUAAGGAUGCUGUCAGCCCAAGGAUGCUGUGGAUCCAGAGGAUGCUCCCGGUCCAGGGAGGGAAGGCAGGGACAGAUGCGGAGCAAGGCAGCAGUGCUGCUGGAAAGGUCGGCCACUGUCACACAACUCAUAGGGAGGGGACGGUGCCCAGGGCCAGGCUGGGAGCACAGGGAGCUGGCUGUCUGCAGGGCGCUGCGUGGGGUGCCAGGGGGAGGGUGAGCAUCUCCAGGCUGCCCCUGGGCAUCACCUCCUGCCUGCCCCAUGGUGGGAAUCUCAGGGGGAAGGAGGAAUUUGUGGGUGCUGAGCUGGAGCUGGAGCCGAGCAGGGGAGCUGGAAGGCAGGGUUUGUGUCAAAGGGGAGAUGAAAACCCUCCCCUGUUUCUGUUUCGGAACAGGAUCGAGAUCCUCAGGAGGACACCAUGAAGGCACUGCCCUUGGCAAGAUCAUGGUCGUGGGUGACACCACCCAGGGCCGGGGUGUGACCGAGGGACAGCGAAAUCCCCCUCAUCCCAGCGCCGAGGCUGGAACCCUGGCGCUCGGGGACCCCAAGGCCACCAUCGAGGCCACCAUCGGUGCCCUGGGGGGGAUAAAGGCACCUCAGCCAUCUGGUGCUCAUAACUCGUCCUCUUGGUGUGGAACGUCCUCGUCUUCGUCAACGAAAGGACUGCCAGAUGCUGCUAAACCAGCUGAAGGAGAUCACGGGCAUCCAGGAUUCGGCGUUCCUUCAGGCAGCUCUCAAGGCUGCCAAUGGGGACCUGAUGGAGGCUGUCACCUUCCUGACGGAGGAGCGCGCGGAGGGGCCGGCGGGGGACGUGGCGGCGGAGCCAGCUCCGUGGGAAGGGAGCGCUGCGGGCAAACAGUCCCCUCCCGUGUAAAAAAAAGAAGUUUGCCUGCUCCUGGGGGAAAACUGACGAGGGUGCUGCCUCCGCUUCUAGCCCGCACCCCCGGCCACGGGGACGAGCUCCGCGCCGGAGACACCUUCAGAGCACGGGAAUCGCCCCAACCUCCGGCUGCGGAAAGAGAGGCUGCAGAAAGGCCGCUGGAAGCGCAUUCCCCCGAGAGCAAGAAUCGCCCCAAGAGGAAGCGCUGCGAGGUGUGGGGAGAGAAGCCCAAGGGCAGCGACUGGAGGCGGGUGGGCGACUGGCCCGUGGGCAUGAAGAACAUCGGCAACACCUGCUGGUUCAGCGCCGUCAUCCAGUCGCUGUUUCAGUUGCCGGAAUUUCGGAGGCUGGUCCUUGGGUACUCCCUGCCGCAGAACGUGCUGGAGAGCUGCCGCAGCCGCACUGGAAAAAGAAACAUCGCCUUCAUGCAGGAGCUGCAGUGCCUGUUCGCCCUGAUGCUGGGCACGCACCGAAAGUUUGUAGACCCCACUGCAGCGCUGGAGCUGCUGCGGGACGCCUUCCGCUCUGCCGAGGAGCAGCAGCAAGACGUGAGCGAGUUCACACACAAGCUGCUGGACUGGCUGGAGGACGCCUUCCAGCUCGCUGUCAACGUCAAAAGCCCUGGGGACAAAUCUGAGAACCCGAUGGUACAGCUCUUCUACGGGACCUUCCUGACGGAGGGCGUCCACGAGGGCAAGACCUUUUCCAAGCUGGAAACCUUUGGUCAGUACCCACUUCAGGUCAACGGUUACCAUAACCUGAGCGAGUGCCUGGAGGGAGCCAUGGUGGAGGGGGAGAUGGAUGGGGCGCAGGCGGUCACCUACGGACAGGAGCGCUGGUUCACCAAACUCCCACCCGUCCUCACCUUCGAGCUCUCCCGCUUCGAGUUCAACCAGUCCCUGGGGCAGCCCGAGAAAAUCCACACCCGGCUGGAGUUCCCCCAGACAAUCUACAUGGACAGGUACCUCUACUGCAGGAAGGAGCUCGUUCAGAGGAAGAGGGAGGAGAUGAAGAGACUGAAGGAGGAGAUGGUGGUUCUGCAGCAGAAGCUGGAAAGGUACCUGAAGUUCGGCUCGGGGCCAGCGCGCUUCCCGCUGCCCGAGAUGCUGCGCUACGUCCUGGAGUUCAUCACCACGAAGCCGUCGGUCACCGUCCCUCCUGCGCCGGGCCCUGGGACAGCACUCCCCCAGCCCCACGCCGAGCCCCCUCCUCCGGACAGUGUCCUGGAGAGGCCGGACACUGGGCCUGAGGAGGGAGCGUUGCUGCCGGCCGGUCCCUCUCGGCAGCAGGGAUGGAGCGCGGCCCCCCAGCCCCCGGAGCCCCCGGAGCCUCCCGCUCCUCGCCUGGUGUCGGAGGAGGAGCUGCGGCUGGUGCAGGGCUGUCUGCAGCGCUGGAGGGCAGAGAUCGAGCAGGACGUGCAAGAUCUGAAGGAGUCCAUUGCCAGAGUCCAGCUCUCCAUGGAGCACAUGUACUGCGACCCCCUUCUGCAGCAGGUUCCCUACCGCCUGCACGCCGUCCUGGUGCACGAGGGGCAGGCCAACGCCGGGCACUACUGGGCCUUCGUUUACCACCAGCCUCGGAAGAGCUGGCUCAAGUACAACGACAUCUCGGUGACGGAGUCGUCCUGGGAGGAGCUGGAGAGGGAUUCCUUCGGCGGCCUGAGGAACGCCAGCGCCUACUGCCUGAUGUACAUCAGCGACUCCGUGUCCCGCUCCCUCCCAGGUGGGGAGGAGGGGGCGGCGGAGGCCCAGGAGGAGCUGGAGGCCCUGUCCCCGGAGCUGAGGCACUACCUGCAGGAGGACAACUGGCGCCUGGAGCAGGAGGCGGAGGAGUGGGAGGAGGAGCAGUCCUGCAAGAUGCCCCAGAUGGAGCCCUCGCCCGCGUCCGAGUCGCAGGAGCUCUCUUCUGAGUCGGGACCAGACCAGCCCUCAACCUGCCAGCAGAGCCCGCGCUGCCUCUCCUCGGAGCAUGCCAGGAUGUCCCAGGAGCAGACAGCCCAGGCCAUCGCCAACACGGCUGAAGCCUACAAGAAGAACGGCGUGGAGGCGGCGCUCUGCGAGCCCGAGCAGGCAGAGCCAGCGAAGGCUGAGGCCGAGCCCCCCCAGGACGCCCCCGAGACAGAGCCCCCUGCCCCGGCUCGCUCACGGCUCUCGGAGGUGGAGAUCCCCAGCGUGGGGAAGAUCCCCGUUAGGUCCGACGCAGACGGGUAUAACGAGGAGGUGAUGCUGAGCCCAGCCAUGCAAGGCGUCAUCCUGGCCAUUGCAAAAGCCCGGCAGACCUUUGAUCGCGAUGGGUCUGAGGCAGGGCUCGUUAAGGCGUUCCACGAGGAGUACUCCCGGCUCUACCUACUGGCCAAGGAGACCCCCAGCCCUCGCAACGACACCCGCCUGCAGCACGUCCUCAUCUACCUGCUGCAGAACAACGCUCCCCAGCAGGUGGUGGAGCGCACCCUGCUCGAGCAGUUCGCCGACAGGAACCUCAGCUAUGACGAGAGGUCGAUCAGCAUCAUGAAGGUGGCGCGAGCCAAGCUGAGGGAGAUCGGCCCCGACGACGUGGACAUGGAGGAGUACAAGCGCUGGCACGAGGACUACAGCCUGUUCCGCAAGGUCUCGGUGUACCUGCUGACGGGGCUGGAGCUCUACCAGAACGCAAAGUACCGGGAGGCCCUCACCUACCUGCUCCACGCCUACCAGAGCAACGCCCGGCUCCUGCGCAAGGGGCCGCGCCGCGGCGUCAGCGAGCCCCUCAUCGCCCUGUACCGCAGGAACUGCCUCCUGAAGCUGAACGAGGUGGCAGCGUCGCUCUUCAUCAGCCGGGAGGAAGGUGGGGUGGCGGAGGGCAUGGGCAUCCUCAACGAGCUGGUCAUCCCCUGCAUGCACCUCAUGAGCAGCUUCGAGAUCUCCAGGGAGGACCUGGACGCGCUGGAGGCCACCAGGAGCCGCUGGUGCUCCUACCUGGGCCGGGAGGACAUGGACGCCAAGCUGCAGAUGAAGCUGGGCGAGCUGCUGCCCCGGCUCCUCGACUGCUCCACCGAGGUGGUCGUCCUCAAGGAGCCCCCCAAGAUCCGCCCCAACUCCCCCUACGACCUCUGCAGCCGCUUCGCAGCCGUCAUGGAGUCCAUCCACGGGGCCUCGGCCGUCACCGUGAAAUAGAGCAGGAACAGCCGCCGUGCCGUGGGGCCUGGCGUCCCCCCGGGGCCCCCCUAGCACCCCCCCGGGCCCCCCCGGCGGGCAGCGCUGGCCAGGGAGGGGUGACCCGUGUUCAGAGCCGUGUUUUUUGUAAAUAGGAAGGGAUAAAAAGCGGGAUUGCACUUCUGGGAGGAAAGGCAGAGCGGGGACGGGGAGGACCCAGCCCAGGGCUCCAGUGGGACCAGGUCCCCAGCAGCACCAGCCACCGCGGGGUCCCCGGGGCCACCCCAGCGGGUUUGGGUGUUUUGGCAGCUUUUUAGAGACAGAUCCCGGGUCUGUGCUGGCGGCAGAGCGAGAGCCGGCUCCUCUGGCUCCUCUGGCCUGAGGUCCUGCCCUGUGGCAGCUGGAGGGGGCACUGGGAGCACUGGGAGUGGGGUCAGGCUCGGAAGGAGGUGGUGGGCUGCGUGUUCAGGGGGCUCAGGCCAGUGUUUGCCUUCUGUGUUUUAACUGGCAGGAGAAAACACACAGGAGUCUUCCUCCGAGGAAGGCACAAGCAAAUCCUGGGGGGUCGGCGUGGCCUGUUCAGGGGCAUCCCCCCAAAGGAUGUUCCUUUUGGGGGUCUGGAGCCAAACUCCCCCCUCCCAGGGGCUCCCCGUGCCGCGCCGGUGCUGGCUGCCAGGCCCAGAAUCCGCUCUUUUUCAGUUGCUGGUGGUUUGGGUUUGAGUUGGUUUUUCUUGAAUUGACUUUGUAUAAAACCUGUGCCCCCUGGGGGUCCCCUCGGGGUCCCCUCAGCCCGUGUGGGCGCUGGAGCUGUGGCCGUUGUUCUAAACCCAAUGUUGUGGGGGCGCGGGGGGGUCCUGUCCGUUGGGACUGAGCAGAUGUCUCUAAAGUGCAAUAAAUGCCUCUGUUCUACGUUAGAAUGAAAA